AAAGAACCAGGAUACCAAAAGUUAAGCUCAUACAGCUGCAAACCAUAUCACUUCUUGGUAACAAUGCAGACCUCAUAAACCUAAAGAAGAGAAAGAAAAGAAAACUUUUGUUACUUUCCUUUUUUGCUUGUCACUUAUAUACAGGCUAUGUGAGAAUAUAAUUUGUAGGUAUAACACAUUAAAAAAAAAGUUAUCUUCAUUGGAUAGAAUUGAAUGGUGGUCGCUGAUAGGAAUAGGGCGUCCUCUAUCUCUUAUCUCUGUCUCUUACUCUUUUCUCUUUCUCUUUUUCUCUUUGUCAUGAGACUAUGUGUGACAGGGCCACCUGUCUUUUUUUUCUUAAUUUUUUUUUUAUGUGUAGGUGCAUGUCUUGGGGAUUUAAAAAUUUCAAGGCUGGUUUACUUAUGCAAAGCAUGCCUACGUCUGGAAUACUUAGGGAAAGAAAGCGACUCCAUGUUGUCCGAAUUCCUCAAGGGACAGAAAAAAAAUUGGAGACUGUUGAAAUGCAGAUUUGAAGUAAUUUUUUUAAAAUAUUAUUUUGGGUUCUGCGACAUUGUGAAAAAUUAAAGUUGUUGUGCAAUACUUAAUUCAGACAUGUACCACAAGUUAAUGGUAGACUAACACUGGGGGGUGGGGUCUAGGCAUCAUGCUUUUGUCAGCAUACUCUUGAGCUUUUAAGUCUACUAUGUCUGAACUGUGGUUUCUUGUUUAUCCUUUUUUCCUUAGUUGGACUGUAAUGUAUGGUCUGUCAACCUGUGAAUCUUUAAAGUAUGAUUCAGGUAUUGUUGUAUUCUUUACUGUGUAAUAAAAAAGUUGAAAAAAAUCUGGAUCCUCUGUCUCCCUUCCUCAGUGUGCCAUGGUUGCCCACCCAGUGACCCCAGCUUGGGGAGUCCAUCCUCCAUGGUGCUGAAUCAGAUCCAUAGAGUUUAUUCAGCUACAAAGCAUGCCUCUGUAACAGGAGUUGGCUUAUCCAUGCGUGGUGAGUAGGGAAUGAUGUCAGAACUAUGCAAAAGUCAAACUCUUUCACAGGGGAUGUUUCUCAGGCAGGAGGAGUCAGAAGAGUGAGAGGAGAAUUAGAAACUUCCAUAGGAAAGGAGAGCUUGGCUUGCCUAGACUAGCUGCUGCAUAGGUAGCAGGGGCCCUUUUGGCUAUGUUUUGAUAAAAUUAGAAAUGAGUAUCUAAAUCUGGGUCACUCUGCUCAGAGAGGUUGAUCCCAACCUCAUGAGGCUCUGACUCUUGGCAAGUUGUUUGGCUCCAUUGUGCACACCUGAAUGGUAGAUCCGCUGACAUGAUGCACAGCUGCUUUAUUUGCCUUGUCCCCUAUCCUCUAAUUAAAAGUCGCCGGCAUUGGCACUCUUGGUUAUGUAGUUAAUAUCCAGUAUGCCUGCCUCCAACUUGCUGGAACGUCCAGUUAUCCCCUCUUGACGCAUAGUUUUUCAUACUCCAGUUACAAAGUUGGUUAGAGUUUGAAGACCCAACCCGUCUCCCCUGCCCUGUGAAUGCUGUUAAUUUUUAUGUGUAGUUUUAAAAACAGAUGUUUUUUUAAGUAUCUUACAUACUGUGUUGUAGCAGAAAUUCCUGUUUCCUCUGAAUGUUCCAAUUUUAUAGGCCAAAAAAAAAAAAUCAUUGCAAAAAAUACAGCAGGUGCCAGAGCCCAUGUCUGGAGAAGAGUCGUGAAGGUGAAUGCUAGUUACAUGGGAGAUUGGAUUGGGCCCCUUCAGUUUCCUUCUUGUGGCAGCUAGGUCCCUGUUCCAAGGCCUGGCUUCUCUAACUUGUCUUCCUGGGAAAUGCAGCUUUUCCAAGAACUUGGUAGUGCACACCAGUAAAAAAUAUAAGAACAGAUUUUUUUUAAUGGUGGAAACACCCUCACUCCCACGCUUCUGACAGUUGGGGUUGGAUAUUUAAUUUGAUAGUUACUCCUUUUUUUCCACAGAAGAAAGGCCAGCCUGACCCAAGUUGCCUAUUUUUAAUGUGUUAAUGCAUCUUAUUUUCUCUUCAAAGUGAAAAAGGCCAGAAACUAGCAGAUAGAAAUGGAACCCAUUGACGUAGUUCUCUUAUAAGCAGUUCUUGCAAAUGCCUCUGUGACGUUUUCAUUCAAGUGGAUAUGUUGGACAAAUAGGGAAUGGUUUUAGUUUACGUGAACAAUAAGAGACUUCCAGGUGGUGGACAUCAUUUUUUAAAGAAGUGUGAAUGAUGUAUCUGGUAACAUUAUACAAAGAUGUGUCUCCCAUGAAAGAACAUUCAGCUAUUCCCUGGAAUGGAUGGGGAAUAAAUGAGCAAAGGAGUGUUGUUCUGUAUGGGUAUCUCUAUCCUUAUUCCAAGGUGAAUAAAUAAAGUUGUAUUUGCC